AUGUCAAAACGUAAGAAAGAUGAAGUAGUCGAUUUAACAGAAUCAGACGACCAAAUAAUAAAACCAGCGGCUAAAAAAUUGAAACAAGCAUCAGAAAAACCCAAAGUACCAAAAAAACCAAAAUUAGUUUCUGAAAAAGCGAAACCAGCGCCUAAAAAACGCAAAGCUGAGACUAAAAUGGGUUGUUUGGAGUCAAAAGAAAGCAUAGCUGAUUCUGACGAAUUUAUAGAGCCAGUUUUAAAAGUUAAAAAAUCUGCGGGUGCUAAAAAAAAUCAAAAAACUAUAAUAGACUCUGACGGGUCAACAGAGUCAAUUUCAAGUCACAAUUUUCAUAUUGACCCAAACCACUUAGUGCACGACUGGACCAGCGCGGAAUACGUCCAAGAGUUCAAUGGAGUAACUCGAGCAGUUGCCGAAGCUGUGGUGAAACUUUUGGACAAUGACAACACUAUUCCUUUCAUCGCGAGGUACCGUAAGGACCAAACGCGUGGUUUAGACGCCGAUAAGUUAAGAUUGAUCAAAGAAAGUUACGACCGCGCGAAAGCUAUCAAGCACAAAGCCGACUUGGUGAUAAAAGCUAUCGACAAAUCUGGGAAAUGGACUCCUGAACUUCACAACCAUGUAAAGUCUGUCAAACUUUUGUCUGAGUUGGAGUACAUUCACUCGCUGUACAAGACUGGCUCCAAAAGAACCCUCGCGGAACGGGCUAGAGAACUCGGGCUGGGUCCAGUUGCUGAGGCGGUCUUGAAGGGCGAUAAAAUUCCGUAUAUAAAAAGUUUUAUUCGAUCUAAUGAAGAAGGUCUUGAGAGCGAAGAUCAAAUCAAAGAUGGAAUAAUUAAUAUUCUUGCUGAUGUUAUUAGCAAAAAUAAGGAAACUUUUGAUAAGACAAAAGAAUUGCGGGAGAAUAUUUCGGCUACUAUUCAGACCAAAAAGACUAAAGACGCCUCUACGGGUAAAAUGGAUAGUAAGAAAAACGAUGAUGAGAAGUAUAAAAUGUAUUACGAGUGGAAAAAUAUGGAGAAAAACAUAAAACCCCACCAGACACUUGCUAUGAAUCGAGCAGAGAAGGAAAAAGUUAUCGCAAUUCAAGUAAUAGUUCCGGAUUAUUUAGAAAGUCAAUUGAAAAAAUUUAUCUUGCAAUUGUACCAGUCGGGAGUUAACGCUUCGGUAUUUCACAAGGACCUGAUUCACAGGGCGUUCGAUACUGCGUACAAAAAAUACAUUAAGCCGUCUGUGAUACGGAGGAUCAGAAGCGAGCUGAGUGAGAAAGCUGAGGAAGCUUCUAUGGAAGUGUUUGCAGUAAAUGUUAAGCAACUGCUCCUCACACAGCCGGUUAGAGGAAAAAGUAUCCUGGGGAUCGACCCCGGAUUCAAGCACGGUUGUAAGCUUGCUGUAAUUUCGGCACAAGGCGAUUUACUCGACACAGCGACUAUUUAUCCACACUGUAAAAAUGAUAAAUUGCGACGAGGAGGCGCUGAUACGCUCGUUAAGCUCGUACGUAAAUAUGGGUGCUCUAUUUUGGCGUUGGGUAAUGCAACAGCUUGUCGAGAAACGGAAAGCUUUAUUUCGGAUAUUAUUAAUUCGAAUUUAUUGGACAAACAUAAAGUCACUUAUACGAUUGUUGAUGAAUCUGGGGCUUCAAUUUACAGUUGCAGUGAUUUAGCUAAAACUGAAUUUCCAGAUUUAGAUUGCAAUGUAAUAUCAGCUGUAUCAAUAGCAAGGCGUCUUCAAGAUCCACUUGCGGAACUGGUUAAAGUUGAACCGAAAUCGCUUGGAGUUGGAAUGUAUCAACACGAUUUACCGGAGAAACAACUGAUGGCUAAAUUAAAUGAGGUAACGUCACAUUGUUUAUUAAAAAGAGUAGCGGGCUUAUCUGAUGCCAAAGCAUCAAACAUAAUAAACUGGCGAAAGGGUAACGGGCCAUUCAUCAAUCGCGAGCAGUUACAGAAAGUAAAAGGUAUUGGAGCGAAAACUUUUGAGCAAUGCGCGGGAUUUAUACGAAUAAUACCCGAGACCGCGUUAUCUCAAUCAGCCGAGUCUAGCUUCAUGGAAACUAAAUCUAAAGCUAAGAUUAAAUUUAAUUAUCUCGACCAAACGUGGAUUCAUCCCGAGUCAUACGGUGCCGCGAGUGCCCUUAUCAAAGCUUGCAAUUCACGUCCUGAGGAUUUAGGAUCACGUAAUUUUAUUUCUGCGAUAAAUGUCUUCGUUGCUGGUAAAGAUCGUGCUGAACUAGCCAAGCAGCUGGGCACUAAUAAAACCACGCUGGAGGUUAUCGUCAAGGGGCUGAGGAUGGAGAAAGGCGAGGAUAUAAGACGCCAGGGUAGUGCUCCUUUGUUCAGGAAUAGUCUCAGGACCAUCGAUGACUUGGUAGUUGGAUCUGUUUUGAAUGGAGAAGUCAGGAAUGUCACGCACUUUGGCGCUUUCGUUGACAUCGGCGUCGGAACUGAUGGCCUUAUCCACAUCAGCGGUUUAAAAGGAGCCGUUCUUUCAAUUGGACAGCACGUAGAGGUCAAAGUUGCCAACAUCGAGAAAGAGCGAGGUCGCAUUGGGCUUCAUUUGAAUAAAUUUUCCUAG